AUGAUCGACUGCCUGGUCCUUCGCGACUCUGCGGUCCAGGACAUCUUGGCUGGCCUAUCUCGGGACGAGAUCAUAACCUUCCAGGACGCGAUAGGAGACUCACUGAAAGAUUAUUCCGUCAGCAACGAGCGUGAGUACCAACCGGACUCUGGUGUCGUCGUCCGUCCCAACGGCCAGAAGGUGUUGUGGAGGCCUUUUACUUCGUCCACAAGCGUCGGCACGAAGAUCAUAGUAAAUCCCGCCCCUCGAAAGGAAGGCGAGCAGCUUCCGUUGCAUGGCAUCUUGACCAUCUGCGAUGAGCAGGGCCUGCCUACUGGUAUCAUCAAUGCGGAAGAAGUGACUGCUUUUAGGACCUCGAUGAGUGCCCUGCUGCCCUUCCGUUGGCGACGACGUGUGGGGUACAUCGUGGUCUUUGGAGCCGGCAAGCAGGCACUGUGGCACAGCCGGCUUGCUCUGGCGAUGAGAGGCUCAGAGGUCAAGAGCAUCAUCAUUGUCAAUCGGACCAAAUCUAGAGCACAAACACUGGUAGACCAACUGGUGGAGGAGAAUCAGCGAAGCUGGAAGACGCAGACAGAGAUCGAUUGUCUAGACCCGGAAGCCGCUGACUAUCAGAGCCUGCUGCGAGAGCGCCUUAUGCAGGCCGAUGUGGUCUUCUGCACUGUGCCGUCCGUAAAGCCAGUCUUCGCUGGGGAAGACAUCGGCAACAAUAAGCGACCAGAUCAACCACUUAUCACGGCAAUUGGCUCCUGGCAAUCAGACAUGAUCGAGCUAGAUCCGGCACUUCUGCGACGCGUAGUCGAUAGCGGCGGGAAGGUGGUCGUGGACGAUGUCAAGACCUGUAUACAUCACUCUGGAGAGAUCGUCCGUGCCAAGCUGGAGAAGGAACAACUUGUCGAGAUAGGUGAGCUUCUCGACACGAAAGGCAAGUCAUCUAGCUCCGCGCGGGACCACUGGUUCGAGGACGGUCUCUUCGUAUACAAGAGCAUUGGGGUCAGUCUUACCGAUCUGAUCUCCGGUAAUGAGAUCUUGAGGAUUGCCAGGAAGAAGAAUGUUGGUAUCUCCAUACCGGAUUUCUGA